AUGUGGUAUCCUUCUGACCUGGGCGCGAUAUCGACCGGAAAUCUUUUAUUGACUGUGCUCACAGUUCUUGCAUUUGUAUGCAUUGCAAUUGGGAUUGCUUGCUAUGUCACCUUUUCAUCAAACAAACGUUCCGACCCUGAAAAAUUGCCAACUAUGCGUAAACGGGAUUUCACCAUUCAGGAACUCAGCCAAUUCAAUGGAAAUGGACCCGAUGGUCGUAUUUUGAUUGCUGUAAAUGGAAACGUUUUUGACGUCACUAAUAACGGCAAGGAUUUUUAUGGGAAAGAUGGUCCCUAUGCGAUUUUUGCUGGUCGGGAUGCUUCAAGAUCAUUAACAAUGUUUACCACUGAUAUUCCCCCAUCUAACGAAGAAUAUGAUGAUCUCUCAGAUCUCACCUCUGAACAAAUGAAAAGCCUCAAGGAAUGGGAAUUGCAAUUUCGUGAACGGUACCCACUUGUGGGAAAGCUUUUAUCUCCAUCAGAACCUCAUCACCUCUACGAAAGCGCUGAUAACGAGGAUUUAUCCCAGGUUGAUGCUGUUAAUGGUUCAGCAAAACCUAAGACUGACUAG